AUGGCACAGUCUCAGCUCACUGCAAUCUCCGCCUCCCAGGAUUCUCCUGCCUCAGCCUCCUGAACCCCGCUCCAGUCCGGCCAGCCCUUCAAGUUCUCGAUCUUGGAGAUCUGCGACCGCAUCAAAGAAGAAUUCCAGUUUCUCCAGGCUCAGUACCACAGCCUCAAGCUAGAAUGUGAGAAGCUGGCCAGUGAGAAGACGGAAAUGCAGCGACAUUAUGUCAUGUAUUAUGAGAUGUCUUAUGGGCUCAACAUUGAAAUGCAUAAGCAGGCGGAGAUUGUGAAGCGUCUGAGCGGUAUCUGCGCUCAGAUUAUCCCCUUCCUGACCCAGGAGCAUCAGCAGCAGGUGCUCCAGGCCGUAGAGCGCGCCAAGCAGGUCACCGUUGGGGAACUGAACAGCCUCAUUGGGCAGCAGCAGCUCCAGCCGCUGUCCCAUCACGCACCCCCUGUGCCCCUCACCCCCCGCCCAGCCGGGCUGGUGGGUGGCAGUGCUACGGGGCUGCUCGCCCUCUCUGGAGCCCUGGCUGCCCAGGCUCAGUUGGCUGCGGCUGUCAAGGAGGACCGUGUGGGCGUGGAGGCCGAGGGGUCCAGAGUGGAGAGAGCCCCGAGCAGGAGUGCGUCUCCCUCGCCUCCUGAGAGUCUCGUGGAGGAGGAGCGACCGAGUGGCCCUGGUGGUGGUGGGAAGCAGAGAGCAGAUGAGAAGGAGCUGUCAGGACCUUAUGAAAGUGACGAAGACAAGAGUGACUACAAUCUGGUGGUGGAUGAGGACCAACCCUCAGAGCCCCCCAGCCCGGCCACCACCCCCUGCGGAAAGGUACCCAUCUGUGUUCCUGCCCGUCGGGACCUGGUGGACAGUCCGGCCUCCUUGGCCUCUAGCCUUGGCUCACCACUCCCUAGAGCCAAGGAGCUCAUCCUGAAUGACCUUCCCCCCAGCACUCCUGCCUCCAAGUCCUGCGACUCCUCCCCGCCCCAGGACGCGUCCACCCCUGGGCCCAGCUCGGCCAGUCACCUCUGCCAGCUCGCUGCCAAGCCAGCGCCUUCCACGGACAGCAUCGCCCUGAGGAGCCCCCUGACUCUGUCCAGUCCCUUCACCACGUCCUUCAGCCUGGGCUCCCACAGCACCCUCAAUGGAGACCUCUCUGUGCCCAGCUCCUAUGUCAGCCUCCACCUGUCCCCUCAGGUCAGCAGCUCUGUGGUAUACGGACGCUCCCCCAUGAUGGCAUUUGAGUCUCACCCGCAUCUCCGAGGGUCAUCUGUCUCUUCCUCCCUACCCAGCAUCCCUGGGGGAAAGCCGGCCUACUCCUUUCACGUGUCUGCGGACGGACAGAUGCAGCCCGUGCCCUUCCCCUCGGAUGCACUGGUGGGCGCGGGCAUCCCGCGGCACGCCCGGCAGCUGCACACGCUGGCACACGGCGAGGUGGUCUGCGCAGUCACCAUCAGCGGCUCCACGCAGCACGUGUACACGGGCGGCAAGGGCUGUGUGAAGGUGUGGGACGUGGGCCAGCCUGGGGCCAAGACGCCCGUGGCCCAGCUCGACUGCCUGAACCGAGACAACUACAUUCGCUCCUGCAAGUUGCUGCCAGAUGGCCGGAGUCUGAUAGUGGGCGGUGAGGCCAGCACCUUGUCCAUUUGGGAUCUGGCGGCGCCCACCCCCCGUAUCAAGGCCGAGCUGACCUCCUCGGCCCCGGCCUGCUACGCCCUGGCCGUCAGCCCCGACGCCAAGGUUUGCUUCUCCUGCUGCAGCGAUGGCAACAUUGUGGUCUGGGACCUGCAGAACCAGACUAUGGUCAGGCAGUUCCAGGGCCACACGGACGGUGCCAGCUGCAUUGAUAUUUCCGAUUAUGGCACUCGGCUCUGGACAGGGGGCCUGGACAACACGGUGCGCUGCUGGGACCUGCGGGAGGGCCGCCAGCUGCAGCAGCACGACUUCAGCUCCCAGAUUUUCUCCCUGGGCCACUGCCCUAACCAGGACUGGCUGGCGGUCGGAAUGGAGAGUAGCAAUGUGGAGAUCCUGCACGUCCGCAAGCCGGAGAAAUACCAGCUGCACCUCCACGAGAGCUGUGUGCUGUCCCUGAAGUUUGCCUCCUGUGUCCAAGGAGUCAUCCUCAGUCCUGAGUUGUGACAUCUCCAGAAAUAACAAAUACAUCGUGACAGGCUCGGGGGACAAGAAGGCCACUGUGUAUGAGGUGGUCUACUGAGAUAUGACCCCCCCUUCCUGUACCCGAACUCCGGACUCCUAGGGGAAGCAGCAGCCGCCUCGCAGCCCUGCCUAGGAACCGUUCAUCCCACUGCUCUCUGGCCAACAGCUUCACACCUUCCCCUGCUGCAUGUGGGGGCCGAUGGGCAGAGGACCUUGGUAGAAAUAAAAUGUAUUUAUCACA